AUGCCUGCUCGUUUAACACAAGAUUUGCGCAACAUUCUCCAAUCUUUGCUCCAACGUGGUCUUUCGCUCUCAAAGAUAAAGAAUUUGUAUCCAGAAGUGGGUAACUCUACUCUUACAAGGCUCAGAAAACUAUAUUGCCCUGACCCAGCUAGACCUCUUGGCGGAAGACCGAAAAAACUUGGUGCUAAAACUAUGUCCCUAGUGUCAAGAGGACUUCGAUCAGGUGCUUUAGAUAAUCCCCGAGCAACACAAGAAAUUUUAAGAUCGAUGGGCCAUGAUAUGUCAAUUAAUGGCAUCCGCAAGUCAUUGAGACGAAAUGGACUUAAAUCUCGUAGAAAAGCUAAAAAGCAUAGGCAUCUUACUAUUGCUGAUUGGCGUCGUUGGGUGUUUUCGGAUGAAACAAGAAUAAACCUUUGGGGCUCAGAUGGUAAUUCUUUUUACUGGACGAAUGGUGGCCUAAUCAUGCAGUCGUAUCAAGUCAAGUCUCAGUUGCAGGGAAAUGACGGUGGGGUUAUGUUCUGGAGUUGCAUAACAGCGGAGGGGCCUGGUUAUGGUAUUACCAUUAUUGAAGACGCAAUAAACUCGGGCCUGUAUGUCGAUAUUUCGAAGACAUCAUUAAACGACACUCUUGAGCACUUUGGGAAGACACCAUCUGAUGUGCGAUUUCAACAAGACAGAGCAACACCGCAUACAUCGGGUAUUACUAAACAAUGGUUCGCCGACAAUGAGUUUAACCUAGACGAAAUCAUGGAUUGGCCACCCCAAAGUCCCGAUCUUAAUCCCAUUGAACAUGUCUGGCAUCUCCUAAAGCUUAGGCUUAAUAAGUAUCCCACUAGGCCCUCUACAAAAGAAGAAUUAGAACGGCGUAUUAACAUUCAGUGA